AUGCAGAACGAGUUUUGGGGGCUGGCUGUGAGAGCGGGAACCUCUCAGGUAAUUGGAUACGAAAGAUUUGCGGUCACACUUGACAGGUGGAAAACCGAUAUACCACCGAGUCCUCUCGAGAUACGGAGGGACUACUAUCAUGCCAUCGAGUCUAUAGCAUUUCCGAUUAUGGCUGUGGGAAAUGAUCUGAGUAUGACCAAUGGCAGACGCUUUGAAAGCUUCUGUGAAUGGUUUGGUGAAUCGACUGAUAUAGCGGCACGAUCCAAUGGGGCUAUUGAAGGCGCUCCGCAAGCUGGUUUCUGGCCAAGCCAAAAUGGAGGCCGGAGAAUUGAUGAAACUUCUUGGGAUGUAAACCGCUGUGUUUUGUUCUCUCCUUUGUGCGAGAGGUAUGGCUUGACGUUUAACGAUCGAGGUUCAGAGACGAGCCCUCAAAACCUGUGUAAGCACUACGCAUUGACAUCGAGAACGAGAGACAAUGGCUGUUGGUGGGUCAGUUUGGCUUGGCGCAGGCAGGUCCAACUCAGAAAUGGAAGGAAUUCAAGGAAGUCUAAAGGAGGUGGCGCAGAGAUGCUUUUGGAAGAGAAUGGAAAUCAUUUGCGGGAAAGAACCACAGAAAAGCGCAGAUAA